GGAAAAUCCUUUUUGCUGCACUAGCAGGGAAAGCCGCAAGAUUCGUGAACACAUUGAGUGUCCAGUUGCUUUCUCCGCGGCGAAGCAAAGACGCAAUCGUUACAACAUCCAGAGUUUCACUUUUUCACCAUUUUUCGUUCUGGAGAAUGGAGUGGCACACAUUUAUCUUCAUUUAAAUGCACCAUCGCCUGAAGUCGAGGGGCAUGCAAAUACCUCUCGCCGGUGGGUUUCAAAAUUAUCAGCAUCUGUGACCAUGGAAUCCAUCGUCGUCUCGAUAUUUCAUGGCAUCUCUAAUUUGCAUCCGCAUUAUUUUCAGGCCUAAGAAAUUGGGUCUAAUUAGUUUUCGAGGAAUUGCGUUGGGUAGAAAGAAAUUUCAUGCCCACGCUAGUUCUAUUGUUGCUGCGAAAAACAAAGUCUUGCAUUGCAGCACAUUUCUCUGUUGUCUGUCAAAAGCAAAAUCGCCCUCGAGCCAAUUCCUCUGUUUCCCUUCUUUUCUCUGUGCUACCGUACUUUACCAAGUAAUAGUAGUAUUCAAGAACAAGAUGCAAUUUUGUUUUUUCGAACGCUAUGAUCAAGCGUAUGUUUUAUUUGCUUUUCGCAGAGUCACUGCACAAACGGAGUGCCACAAAAGAAAUGCUGUGGGUACGGACUUUUGUUGUAAUCCUGCAGCUGCACUUCUAGUAUACACGAUCACUUUACACUUGCCAUCAUUUUCUAUUUUACCCGCAGACGGAACAAAAUUGCUUUUUCUGAGCACGAGUAUCUCGCUUCACCAAGUUAGUUUGAAUAAUUACAGGGGUAAGUACGCAACAAAAACUACAAACAGCAUUUUGAUCUAUUUUUGAGACGAAUAUUUAUUCAUGGAUGAAGCCAGUACUUAGAAAUAUUUCAAGAAUAAUUGAGGACGAGGAUGCGGUAUUUCGAGACACGAUUGUAGUCUGCGAUGCCGUGUGUAAUUAGAAUCCGUCAAGCAAAGCUGCUCCAUUGGACAGAAAUUUAUCGCGCUCCCACUUUGGUACGAGGAUGAGAGGACAAGUAUUGAAGUAAACUACUUGGUGAUACGUGCAGCACGAAAAAACACAAGGAGCAAAUUGCCUCAAGUACGAGACUGUCUCAAACAAUCAUAAUCUUCAACUUCGGCUUGAAACUGGUAAUUUUUCCGAAAAUGCAGCAUAGUUUUUUUACAUGAUGGAU